GAAUGGGUCAAGAAGCAGGCAAGUCUGCAUGGCCCAAACCAGCUGGAGGAUACCAGACCAUCUCAGGCAGGAGAUACGGCCGGAGACACGCAUACAUUAGCUUCCGCCCAGUUACAGACAAACACAGAGCAACAUCCACUGUGGACUGUGAGUGCAUGGAGAGGACCAGUAAUCAUAAGGACCAUACAGUGGCCUCAAAGACCAACAUUUCUUCAGUGAUUCAGACCAUCAUCCCAAUGGCAUCCUCAAAUUCACUGCGGCCUGAGUUAAACACGACAUCAAAACGGGAUGGCCAUAACAGGAAACAGUCAUUGUUGUGCAGAGCUACUAAAGCCCCCUUAAAACAUUUUAAGAGACCAAAGAGUGACCAGGUUGUGCCAUAUGAUAGUAACUAUCAUUCCGAUAUAAAAAGAAAUAAUCAGGCAAGAGUUUGGACCCAAGAUGAAGAACCCAAGUCCCCAACCAGCCCUGAAGUUCUGAGCUAUAUUAACAUUGACUCCUAUGAGCUUGACAGUAGAGGAGCUGAGGAGGAUGACUCGAGUUUAAACCCAACUCAGGCCAUUCAGAAGAGACUUGAUGGUAUGAUUUGCGAACUGGGAUUAAAUGUAGAUUUCCUUGAGGAUACAGAACAUUCAGCUCAAGUGACAUCUUCAAAAACGUCAACAAAUUGCUAUUGUGAGGAACCAGAUUGCCACAGAACUGUAAAAGCAAACAGGAAAGUUGGUCAGUUGUUAUUUGAAGAAGACAAUGUUCCCACAUGUCAAGGGGUUACAGCCAGUGCUGGCCCUGUUUCCUAUAAAAGUGUAGGAAAUACGAAUCCUGAAGAAACGUUUCUGUCAGAAAUGGUCGUAAGGCCAAAGAUCCGCAAAGAGACUAGCAAGACUUACCUUCAAAGGAGGAAAUGGUCUGAAAAAGAGGAAGGGGGUCAUUUCUCAGGCUCGCCGGUCAGAAACGAGUGUGACCCUGCACCUCUUGGUUUCCUUGCACAAGCAAGCCCUGAAAGGGAGCUCCUCUUUGAUUUCCAACCCUUGACCUUGAGUGACCUCAACUCUCCGCAAAGGACACGAGAGAUGGUAGUAACACUACAAAAUGAUGAUGAUGAUGAUGAUGAUGAUGAUGACGAUGAUGAGAUCUGGGAAGAUCUAGAGAACUUUGGAGAGAAAAGGGCUGAUGCGUCUGAAAAGGGGGAUGAAAGCAGCUCAGAAUGCAGCGAGGGCGAGUGGUCGGCUUCAUGGACGUCAGACUCCGGGCUGGAGAAGGAGAGGUGCACCAGUGAAGAGAGCUGGGAGACUCUGCCUGGCAUGGAUGAGCUGCCCGGUAGCAGCAGCAGUAGCAGCAGUCUGGAGGAAGUGCCUUCUCUCAACCUCGCUCUAGAGGAGCAGACCCCUCUGGAAGAGGGUGAGAUCCCCUGGCUGAUGUAUAAUCAGGAUUCUGGCAGCAGUAGUGAUGAGGAUCCAUAUGGUGUAAGUCAGUUUGUCCACCCUGGACUCUUCAUUCUGGAUGGCAACAAUAACCUGGAAGAUGACUCCAGCAUGAGCGAUGAUCUGGACACGGAGUGGAGGUUUCUUGAUGAAUUUGGUGAGGGUUUUGGCAUGGCUCAAGCAAUCUCAUAUGUGGAUCAUUCCCAGCUUCUCACUUACAUGGCAUUAGAGGAGCGUCUCGCUCAGGCUAUGGAGACAGCACUGGCUCAUCUGGAGUCUUUAGCUAUAGAUGUGGAGCAGGCCCAACCCCCCGCCACCGAACAGAUCAUCAGUUGCCUACCCCAGAUCACAGUGCAGGCCGACAACACUGAGCAGGAGCAGUGCUGUACCAUCUGCUGCAGUGAAUAUGUCAACGAUGAGAUUGCCACCCUGCUGCCGUGCCACCACAUGUUCCAUAAACCCUGUGUCACUCUCUGGCUCAGGAAGUCUGCGACGUGUCCGGUGUGUCGGCAUGUUCUGACAUCAGCAGCGACCGAACCCCCGUCUUUAAGUUCUGAACAAAACACGUCAGCGUCCACUCACAGCGCAUCUGGAGGAACAUGCUGAUCUCAAGAGCACACAUCAAUCAAAACAUCCCGCAGAGAAAUAUUAAAGUAAUCACAUUUCCACAAAAAACAUUUACAUCCGAUAUUUCCUUGCUGUCAAGCGACAGGCCAGACAUGGUUUUCAGAUUCCAUUUAACCUAGUGACUUGUGCUGCAAACUUAAAUGUAUUUUCUGAGAAAAUAUGAAUACAUAUUCAUGGUAACCAUAUUUAUUCCUGUUUCAAUUUUAAAUCUGUUUUUGUACAUCUAGGCUAAACAUAAUGACUGUAUUUAACGUUUCUCAAUUCAUGUAAAGCAUCAUUUCCAAACGCAGUCGCUCAAUAAAAGCUCACACUUGGUGUUAAUAAGCAUCACUUUUAUCAAUUCAAAUCAUUAUGAGUGCUGUGAUAAAGCAGCUUCCCAAGGAGGUUGCUACCCUGAACUCUCUCGGUUACGAUUCAGAUAUCCAUUCAAAGGGAAUUUGGUUGCCUGAGGUGCAUGAUAACUUUUUGAUUUAAGUAAACAUGGCUGGAAAAUAAAUGAUAAUGGCUGUGCAAUAUAGAUAAACAUAUUUGUAUAAAUCAUUGAAAUGAUGGUCAC